AUGUCUCUCCCGCAGUUCGCCCCAUUUCCUGACGUCAAGGUCCGCCAAAACAUAUUGCCCGCUGAAUGGACAGCUUACGUGGAUACCUGGGCAUCUUUGGCGGAGCUACAUCUUCGCCUGAGUGACAUACAAUUUCGACAUGCCGUCACAGAUGACGAUUCAUCUCUGACUACGUUUCUUGUAUCCUUCUUCCACGAAUUGGCCAACGACGACAGCCUAGUGCCGCAGACUCUGUUGCUACGGAAGAAAUGUUUCUUCCUCUUGCAUCGAAUAUACUCGGCAGACGGCGUACCUGCACCACUUCUCGGCUGGUCCGUCUUAUCAGAUGUAUGCCGCAUCUUUUCGAGAAGCGCACAGUUUCGGACGCUACUUGAUGGACUGUGGAAACGAAAAACUGCGUCUAUUGAGAAGAGCCUCCAGCCUGCGAAGAAUUCACUAAUCCAGAAUCUGGACUCAAAACGACCAGAGGAGGCACAGAGUACUUUGGACAAGAUUGCACCUCUUCUAAGACUGUCGCCCCAGGCGGGAACAUACAUGAUCACAGGGUCUGAUUUCCUGGACUCCUUAUGCAACGCAUAUCCCAAGGUCAACCCUCCUUUGCAUGCAAAGCUUGCUACAAUUGCAUACAUGGGGCUUAUUUCUCUCCUCGAAGGGCCGAAGCCCAACUUCUCCGUACUAUCAGAUCACUUGUACAGUCUCAAAGCAAAUGGCGAGCAGCAGUUGAAGGCUGGUGCUGUUCAGACCUCGCUUAUCGCAGAUCUUGUAACAAAUACUCCUCUUCUACACAAGAUCAGAGAUCAGGCGACUACCCCAGAAGCUGCAAGGGUGAGGAACUUCGCUGCAUCGUUGAUUUCCUUCCAGCAGUCGUCCGCCGCCCGGCCAAAGAAGCUCGUCCGGCGAAAGGUUGACAAAGGGAAGGGUAAGGCGCUUGAUUAUGAGUAUGGGCACGGCGCGUUUGGAGAAAUACAUGUUCAUCGCAUGAGUAUGAUCAGCCAAAUACAAGACCUCUUCCCCGAUCUGGGCUCCGGUUUCGUAGUGAAGCUGCUUGACGAAUACAACGAAAACAUCGAAGAAGUCACUGCACACCUGCUGGAAGACUCACUACCUCCGCAUCUCGCAAAUGCGGAUCGGAGCGAGCCACUGUCUUCUCCCUCCGCCACAAAGCCUCAUUUCACACCACGCUCAACACCGCCCGCAAUCGAGCGGCGCAACGUCUUUGACAACGAUGAGUUUGAUCGUCUGGCUGUGGACACAUCGCGUCUCCAUAUUGGCCGCAAGAAUGCAGAUGCUACAGCCGACACCAUUCUCUCGGACCGAGGCGCUGCUCCCAGUAAAUCCGCAAUUCUCUCAGCCCUGGCAGCUUUCGACUCAGAUGAUGACGAGCGCGACGAUACGUAUGACGUCGAAGAUGUCGGUGGAACCAUAGAUUCUGCAACGCCCGGGCCCGACGAGGCUGAUGCAGACCUGAGGGACAAGAAUGAGGAAGCACUGUUCAGAGCGUACAAUUCCACUCCAGGCCUAUUCGCGCGUGAUGCAGAGACGCGGCGAGGGAAAGCCAGAGCAGCGCUAAAGAGUGAAACGGGUAUGACCGAUGAAACAAUCGAGGGCUGGGGGUUGAUGAUUGGGCGUGAUCCUAAACGGCUUCGACGGUUAGAGGCUAAGUUCUCGGCUUUCUCAGGACAGCAGACACAGAUUGCGUCGACAUCAUGGCGGAGCACGCCGGCUGGCUCUGAUACUGAGGGAGGAGAGGCAGGCGGGGAAGUCCAGGGAUCGCGGGGUGGCAGAGGAGGUGGGCGAGGGCGUGGUCGGGGAAGAGGACGAGGUGGUGGUGGACGCGGCGGCGGCAAUGUCGCUGGUCCCACUGACGAUAAGGGGACUCGGAUUUCGAGGCAGCGGAAGGAGGCAGGCAAGGGAUCAAGAGCGAAUCACAAUCGGCGAGACCAGCGGGCUAGGAAAAUGGCGAGGGGUGGGCUGCCGGGAUGA